AUGACCAUCAUCAUUGAUCCCAAUGUUGAUGCUGACGCUCCGGCUACAGAUGUACAGGCCCUGACCGAGGGCGAUAACAUUCUCUCUUCCCUCACCCCCGCAUUCGAGCGCUACAAUGAAAGCCAGCUCACCACUGUGAAGCUGCCCGGAUCGAGCCAGGAGGUUAUCAUCAGUGAAUUCAACAAGCUGGAGGGCAAUCGCUAUUUCGACUCGGAAAGCCAGACCUCGUUUGAGAUCGACCAUAUCACACAGACCGCCUCUGGAGCGCAAUCGGCGCCGUUGGAAUCCCAGAAUGCCGAUUUAAUCAAAUCGCUUCUAAAGUCACUGGCCAUCCACGCCCGUGAACAUUACCCCAGCUGCUCCUACGGUGUCUACCCCAUCGAAAAUGAUUCUGCUGUCGCUAUAUUGUUGGUAGCGAACCGAUACUCCCCCAACAACUUCUGGAAUGGCCGGUUCCGAUCCAUCUACCAAGUCCCCAUCUCCUCUUCGUCCACGACCUUGACCGGCAAGAUCCACGUCGAUGUGCACUAUUAUGAAGAUGGAAAUGUGGCUCUUAACACCAACAAGCCCGUCAAUGUCUCGGUCCCCUCAGUAUCCGCCGAAUCGAUUAUGUCACGCAUCGCUACGGUUGAGCGCGACUAUCAGGAGGAGCUGAAUAAGGCAUUCGUUCAGAUGUCAGAGGGUGCAUUCAAGGGACUUCGAAGACAACUCCCCAUCACGCGACAGAAGGUCGAAUGGGAGAAAAUUGGAGGGUACCGUCUCGGCCAGAACAUCCAGGGGAAAUAA